GGAGCUGGGCUCACCUACCCGGGCGAAAAUCAUGUCCCAGUGCAGUCAGACAGAGACUUCGAAAUGGCGGGGCAGGUCACGUGUCUGAUGGCGUCACCCGCAAUCCGCAAGCGUAAUUCACCAGAAAGUCUGCAGUGAGAGAAAAAUGUUGUAGAAGCCGAGACGAACGCGAAGCUCUGUUUCUGCAGUAACCAUGCCGAGGCGCUUUGUUCUGGUUGGUUUAAAAUACGAGAGUCUUCCUCCAGUCGAAAUUAUUGCGUGUGGUGAGCGGGAAGAGGGGAAGUUCUGCAAGUCCUAGAUUCGCCUGCUGCUUCUGUGUCCUCACGUUCGAUACCCGUCGCUUAUGACAGGCUGAGAUGUGACAGUUGAGUGUCCAGUCCGUACGUCAUUCAGUUUCCGGUUGUGCAAGAUGCGAGUGCGUCUCAAAGGUCCAUCACGCUGCUGCGACGCGCGACUGGACCGCAGAUGACGGGGGUGGUGGCCCUCCGCCGUAGAGAGGUCACUGCAUGUGGGGUGAGGGGAAAGUGUGACGCCACAUAGACGGACCAUGUGGUCCAGUGCACCCCAUGCUGAUACUCCUGGAGAAGCAGCCGUGUUUCUUCUGAUAGCCGUUGCGUUCCUGUCCGGAGCGACGGUAGCAGGACCGCGCUACAGUUCGAGGAUCGUGGAAACAAAAGCUGGUGCAAUCAGAGGGAUAAUUCUGGAACUGAACUCCAGACAUCUGGAGCCCGUGGAGGUGUUCAGAGGCGUUCCGUACGCGGCGCCCCCCCUUGGAGACCUGCGGUACAGCCCCCCGGCGCCUCCCGUGGCCUGGUCGGGGACUCGCCUGGCAGAUACGUUCGGGGCCGUGUGUCCGCAGCGAUAUCCGGACAUCUCGAACCGCUCGGCGGCUCUGCUCACCAUGCCGAGGGGCAGAUACAACCACCUGAAGCGACUCAUACCCCUUCUCGCCAACCAGAGCGAGGACUGUCUCUUUCUCAACCUGUACGUGCCGGGAAGCGGGAACCGAGGCCUGGAGGCGCCUUACGCCGUCGUCGUCUACAUCCACGGCGAGUCUUACGAGUGGAACUCGGGAAACCCUUACGACGGCAGUGUGAUGGCCAGCUACGGGCACGUGGUCGUCGUCACCCUCAACUUCAGACUCGGCGUCCUUGGAUUCCUGCGUACGCGCCCGGGACCUGACCGCGACGGAACAGCUGGUGGAAACCUCGGCGUCUGCGACAUCCUGUCGGCGCUGCAGUGGGUUCGACACAACGUAGCGGCGUUCGGCGGCGACCCGGGUCGCGUCACUGUGCUCGGCCACGACACAGGCGCGGCGCUAGUGAACCUGCUUCUCAUCUCCAGGGCAGCGAAAGGGCUGUUUCAUCGCGUGGUGAUGCUGAGCGGAUCGGUUCUCAGUCCGUGGGCCGUCGUGCAGCAGCCAGACAGUCUUCGGGCGACAGUGGCGGAGCAGAUGGGAUGUCUCAGCAUGGCGGCUGACGAGGACAGCGCGCCCUGUCUGCGCACCAAACCACUCUCAGCCCUGCUUGACGUGCAGAUGGACCCGCCACGCUUUCUCCCCCGUUUCGGGCCGUCCAUUCCACCCGAUGCGGACACCAGUGAGCCCACCCUCGCCAUGGAACACGCCAACGAGGCAUUCAUCACUUGCGAGAUGAUGCUCGGGACGACGACAACGGAGAGCUACCUGGACUUCAACGCUGCAGACAUUCAGUACGGCUUCGAGGAAGACCAGAGAAAUCGCGUGUUGAGGACGUACAUUCGAAACGCUUAUAUGUACCAUUUGAACGAAAUAUUUUCGACGGUGAAAAACGAGUAUACGGACUGGGACAAACCGAUCCAGCACCCCAUUAACAUCAGAGACUCGACAAUGGAAGCUCUGAGUGACGGACACACUGUGUCCCCCUUGGUGAGGGUUGCGUACCUCCACGCUAGGCGGGGGGCGAAGACCUACUUCUUCCAUUUCGGCUACCAGACAAAGGAAAGUGACUACCCACAGAGGUUGGGCAGCGUCAGAGGAGAGGACGUCACUUACAUCCUGGGACUGCCCCUGGUGGGUGGGCAUCCCUUCUUCCCGCAGAACUACAGCCGACAAGACAUGGGCGUCGCAGAGGCGGUGCUCAAUUUCUUCACCAACUUCGCCAAAACCGGGGACCCGAAUGAACCGCGGAUACAGAAGACGGACUAUGGGACGGUCAAGGAGAAGACGCGGUACAGAGGACUCAGCUGGGAGACUUACGAGACCGGCAGUCAGAUGUACCUCAGCAUCACUCUGAAACCAAAGAUGAGAAGCCAUUACAGGGGCCACAAGAUGGCGGUGUGGCUGAACCUCAUCCCUCAGUUGCACCAACCCGGAGACGAGGAUGUCAGCAUGAGACACCACCAUUUCCACGAGCGAGGGGAACUCUAUUACUCAGGUGUGGUUCGGCCUGAGUCAUUCACUCGGUUGCCCCCGCCAUUUCAUCCCACGACAUCUGCUGGGCCCCGAAGUCCUAGUGGUUCGCCACUAGGAGCAGAAUGUCUGCCCAACUCGACCUCAGAAGAAGACCUGCUGCGUCACUCCGACGACGGGAAUGUCGAAGACGAAGCAGGACUGCUCCAGAGACUGGCGACGAGGCACUACUACAGCUACACGGCCGCCCUGGGGGUCACGAUCGGAGUGGGGUGUCUUCUUCUGGUGCUCAACAUGCUCAUCUUCGCGGGGAUCUACUAUCAGCGCGACCGGGACCGCAGGAGACACUCUCCUCCUCCUGGGUCCUCAUCGUCGGCUUCUUCUGAAGGCAUCCCUCUCCCGCCCCCAAGACAGUCCGCCCCCAGUUCGACACCAGUGCCUCCAGCGAGAUCCACGAGCACUGGGGGCACAGUGAAGAAGCGAGUUCAGAUCCAGGAAAUAUCCGUAUAGCACGCGAACAGCGGUCGAGACAUCCACUCGAUAACUUUCCAGUUCAGAAAUUGAGCGUCCGUCGGAAGACAAGGCUGACACAUAUCAGGAAAAACAAAAUUUAUUCAGUUCGGCGUGUGUUUUAGCGUUAACCUUAAAUUGAGACCGAUUUUAAAAACAGAACAGCAUCGAUGAUAAUGGUAAUGGACACGUGUCGGUUAUUCCUUUGUGCCCACGUGACUCUUGCAUAACUAAUUGUGACUGGAGUCAAACGAAACACUUUUCAUGAGGAAAUCUAGGCCGGAUGCACAGCGAGCAGUCAAGACAAGACACCGUUAGACGAAACGUGAGGAAGGACAAGACGAGGCGUCGUCAGUCCGACACUCAGUUGCUAACAAAAUGAUGGAGAAUGAGGUUAGAGUUGCGGGUUCUAGCGUCGUGGUGUGAGCAAGGAAUUUAUGUCAGGAGGUUCUUGGUUCAUCCAUUUUUUUCAGGCCAGGGACGAUAUAAAUGCCUCGCGAUGUGAACACUGACCAAGAGAAGUUGACACUGUCGAGCGAGUGGCGCUGGAACGUACAAGUUCGAAUGACGUCAAAGAACUCUCGUGUGCACUGAAGACGCUUGAUGUAACAAGCGUGAACUCGAAAUAUUAGUUACUAGUUCUUUAGUGAUUGAUAAGAGGGACUUAAUUCGGGUGUAAUCUGUGUUCACUUAAACCCACAUCAAGGAGCACCAAGAAUUAAUAACGUGAAAUACAUUCUGAGGUGUGUUUGUUAAAUUAAACACAUUAAAAGGUUCUUUUUCUGUAUUUCAUUACGGAAACCUUGAGAAAUGAAAAUUGUUAACGUAUUUCUCUGCUUCUGAUGCUGCGUGUGGUUCAUCAGAAAGAAUGUGACAUCAGUCAAAUAUCAUUUAAUAAAUAUUUUCUCCUCCUGAAA